AAAUUCAUUACUUCUCUGCCUCCUCCUUCUUUACCUUCUGCUUCUGGUUUCCUGCGCAUUGGAAUCCUCCGCUUCCAAGUUUUAUUAGUAAAAUUCAUGGCCAAUCAUUAUCAUCGUCAUCAUCAUCGCCACCAAGCAUUUGACGAGGAGUGUGAUUACCUGUUCAAAGCCGUUCUGAUUGGGGAUUCUGGAGUAGGGAAAUCAAACCUCCUGUCGAGGUUCGCGAACGAUGAAUUCCGUUUGGAUUCCAAGCCCACCAUCGGGGUUGAAUUCGCUUACAGAAAUAUCAAAGUUGACGGUAAACUCAUCAAAGCUCAGAUAUGGGACACCGCCGGCCAAGAAAGGUUUAGAGCAAUCACGAGUUCAUAUUACAGAGGAGCCUUGGGAGCAAUGCUAGUCUACGACAUAACGAGAAAAGAAACCUACGACAGCCUCAGCAAAUGGCUUAGGGAGCUCCGAGAGUAUGGCGACGACGACAUGGUGGUCAUCUUGGUCGGAAACAAAUCUGAUCUGAGCGAUUCAAGACAAGUGGAGGAAGAAGAAGGCAAAAGGCUGGCAGAAGAAGAAGGACUCUGUUUCAUGGAAACCUCUGCAUUACAGAACCUCAAUGUUGAAGAAGCAUUCUUGCAGAUGAUUACCAAGAUUCAUGACAUCACCAACCAGAAAACCUUGGAAGCUAACGACAAUAUUGCCAGAUACAAUGUUCCUUCCGGCAAGGAGAUCAGUUUGGCUGAUGAUGAAGUUACUGCUACCAAACAGCCUACUAAUUGUUGUUCUAGGUGACACAUAUUGAUCCAGGCCAGAUUAAUCCCUUGGAUUUUGCAGGCUUCUAUCAUUAUUUAACUUGACACUAUAACUAUAUAUCCUUGUGUAAAGAUUUCUGAACAUUUGAUAUCAAGUUUUUUUGGUGAAAAAUAUAGCAGUGAGUGAUUUUGUUCUGAUAGACUAAUCUAUGAUGUUCAUAUAAUGAUAACUAAUUGAUAUU